AUGCCCCAAACCAAAGAAGCGUCUCUCUCUGCAUCUGAAUUUAUGAUGCUGAGACAAGCAAAACUUGUGGGAGUAGGCCUCAUAACACUCCUCCAUGUCCGUUUUCUUUCAUUUUGCGCUGCUACUGAAAAUCAGCCCUGCAGGCACUCUUCUUGCGGAGAUAUUCAAAACAUCAGCAACCCAUUUCGAUUAAAAGGUGACCCGCUUGGCUGUGGUCAUCCUGAUCCUGCAUACGAAUUGGCUUGUGAAAACAGCCGUACAAUCUUAUAUGGGAAAUACCAUGUUGCGGAGAUCAACUACGAUAACUAUACCAUCAGAGUUGUAGUUGUUGGGCUAGAGAAGAGCAACUGUUUCUCCCUUCCUCUCUAUUCCUUGACAGCAGAUCAUCUAGAUGGAUAUAAAUAUCCUGAUGAACUGGAUACUGUAGUUUUGAUGAACUGCGCAAGACCAAUCUUUGAUCAAUACUACAUUCCUAUUGUUCCUUGCAACCGCACCGAUGCUACUUUCUCUUCCUCACAACCAUAUGCUUAUGCGCUAGCUGGACGCUACAUGGAUGUGAGAGAUCUUGCAUAUUCGUGCACCAUUGGCUUGACUGUUGUCACUGGCAAUUUCAUGGCUGUGUCAGAGCCCAGCAAUCUUUUAAGAUCAGAUUUGCAAGAAAAGCUGCUUAUGGGGCUCCAGCUUUCAUUUUUGAGCUCUCGCUGCCAUGAAUGUGAAGCAAAAGGCAGAUGGUGCAUGCCAAAUUUCAGCAACAACACUAUACACUGCCUUGAUGAUGAUGGAAGAAACUGGCUUAAUAAGUUGAAAAAUGUACUGAGGCCAGUGAUCGCGUUUUUUGGACGUGAAGAUGCUUUUGACCAAUCUGGGUUUUCUGGGACCAUGAUUGCAAUUGGUACGGCUUUGAUAGUUCCUUCCAUCAUCUUCCAUGAUUUACAAAUUGAAAUUUUCAUCAUCAUGCUUCAUAUUUUCUAA